UUAUCGCUCACUCUCACAGCAUUCGAGGCCACUGCCAUCUCAUUUCCACCUUCAGAGCAAUCUGAGUUUUCGCAAUCUGAGCAUCUUUCAGUGGCUUCGGUUCAGCGCGAUUCUGAUCCGCCCUGAUUUCAAAGGCAUUCCCGGAUAGCGAGCUCACCUGCCGUUUUCCGGCUCCGAAUUUCCCCAUUCUCUGCUGCCUCUCUAACAUCAUGGCGGCCGUCAGCCUGUUGAGGCGUCUCUGCGCUGCAUUGGCAUUCGCAAUAAUCGCUGCUUCCUUCACUCUGCCAGCACUUGCUGACGUCACAUCCACUGGAGUCACAUCCGCUGCUGUCACGUCCGCUGCUAGCCGUGUGGCAAAGCGCGCCAAUGAGGCUCGCAGGCUGCUGCCUGGCGCCAAGGCACGCAGCACCGGCGGCGAUGGCGGCAGCAACGGUAGCAGCGGUGUGGACGUGGCAGCGAUUCUGGAGGAGCACAACAAGGCACGGCAGGAAGUGGGCGUGCCGGGCCUCUCAUGGGACGAGGGAGUGGCACUCGCAGCGCAGCAGUGGGCAGCUGAGCUCGCUUCCAGUGGAUGCAACCUGGAGCACGGAGGGGCUGACGGAUUCAGGUAGAACCUGUACUGGAAGGCGCCUGUGCAGCUGAACAGUGCCGAGGACCGGGCGGCAGUGCAGUCGUGGGUGGCAGAGAAGGAGGACUGGACGUACAGUGCCGUGCCGGAGGGGUGUGCGGAUGGCAAGCAGUGCGGGCACUACAUGCAGGUGGUGUGGCGGGAUACCACGCAUGUUGGGUGCGCUGCUGCCCAGUGCGCGGAUGGGGGGGGCAUUUGGGUGUGUGACUACUGGCCGCAGGGGAACAUGAUUGGGUCCA